GUGAAAAUGGGAGCGUUGUUACCUGCAGCGGCAGAACAGCUUUUCCGAGAUAUUCAAAACAUACACAAGGAAACGUCCCAAAUUCCUGAUGACCUGCUUAUUGCGCUGAAAUUUGUCUUCGGGCCUUGUGCGCUGCAGGCUUUGGACCUUGUUGACCAGCAUUCAGUCACCUGUCUGUCUUCACCUAGUGGACGCAAAGCAUUCCAGGUCAUUGGAGGCUCGGGGAGUUUGUACACUUGCUUUGUGUCCUGUCACUACUGCCCGUGCCCGGCCUUCGCCUACACCGUGCUCCGCAGAAAUGAGGGCCUGCUGUGCAAACACAUCCUGGCCGUCUACCUGUGUCAGGCCAUGGGUGUGACUCAGCAGGAGAGCGUGUCCGAUGAGCAGAUGUCCGUGCUGCUCAGCGGGACAGCAGCCCUGUGACUCCCAGGUACGUUCAGCGCAUCCUCGUGGGCCCUCUUGGAUGAGAAGGAUGAUGUCUUGAACGGACACUUUGGGUCAUCUCGGAGAGGAUCGGAGCACGGGAACACUACCACGCUUUCUGCUCUUUCAUUUGUCUCUUUCCUUUUUCUCUCUCUGAAAGACACCAGCUGUUGCUUUAUUUAUUUUUCCUUUUUGGAAUGGUUCUUAAUCGGUUGCCGGGGAAACUACACAGCUGUUUAUUGAAUAUGUGCUGCUUUAUUUUUAGAUGCUUUUUGUCUGAAGCUGCAUCAAUGAUUAUCGUAGUCAACGUCUGCAUGCCAAAGGGACUUCAGAAACAUUUUCAUUUUCUAAUGUUUCCAACUUGUUACUUAAUAAAUCUUCAUAUGAUAUAAAAUUGAAAUGUAGGAAUCCAGACUGAUCUGUAACAAUAUAAACAUUGCCUUUAUUAACAAAAUAAACCACCAUACAUACAGGUUGCAAUGGCAGUAUCCAUUCGCAGUUGCAGUUUUGUUGAAUGAAAGAAAGAAUGGCCUCUUGAACAUCAGCUUGACCACAGUGGAUGUUUCUCCUGAUUAGUAUAACAACACUAUAGCAUACUGACGGACUGAUAGGUACUUCGGAAUGAAAGGCAGGAAUGUUGAACUAGAUCAACUUGUUAUUGUCCAUCUUACCUUUAAAAUCACAAAAGAAGGCAAUUGUUUGACAUCAAACAAUAGCUUGUAGAAAGUUGGACACCUACAGUACUAAUUUUUACACAUCAGUCAACAAAGACAAUGACACAACGGUACAGUGCAGUUACAGUAUAGAUGUCUCCAUCGGAAUGUACUUAAACUUUGGCACACUCCUGUAUUUAGCCCUUGAAGUUAGUUGCGGGUGGAACACUGGACACAACGGUGGAUGACGGGCAAUAGUGAAGCAGUGGAGGCACGUGCUUAACACUUCUUAAACACCAACACGACAGGGUUCAACACCACCAAUAAAGCACAACAAACAGGAAAUCAUCAAAAAUGUCAGUGCAAUGUUUUUUCAUUUGUGUAGUGAUGGCUCUGAGGUGACCCUCACUUUUUUUUUCACAUAAGUUAAACUCCAAACAAAACUCUGCUUUGCUCUGAUUAAAUUCAACAAUACAUUUUUUUUUGGUAUUUAUCACACCAUGCCAAUUUCUUCAGAUUUAAAAGCUCAACAGGACUAUUCACAACAAUGUUAACAAAGAUUUGACACGGCGGAAAGCAGUGCUGCAGCUGUGUUGCCUCAUACGUUGUUGCAUACGAGCACCGUCAAGUGCAAAAAGUACAAAUUUGCUUCUCAGAAAACAUUUCAUUAGUGUUACCUGCUUCAAAAUUACAUUAUGUAAUUUUUUGGGGGGUUCUGCUGGACUUAGUCGUCUGUCAGUCGCCUAUCUUUGCUAGCGCUUUUAGUAGCACUAAAGAGUAAAAGCGAAUUGAUUCCUCAGUGCAACGUAUUUUAGAGGUUUCCCCCUUUAAACAGGAAUGUUUCUCUCAAAUGAAACAGCUCAUCUGAGUUCAGUCAGUGACAUCAGCAGCUCGUUGGAGGACUCACUGUGCCAACAGGGCAGAUGAGAGCCUCAGGAUCCCAGAUGUGUCCGAGGGAAGGGGGGGUUGUCAAUGUCAACGGUGCUUUAUGUGACGUAAGCCACAAAAACACGUGUACCAGAAGAUCGGAUGAUGAGGAGAAACGUAAAUUAGUACUAGACUAGUAGUUCUCUUGAAUACCUAUGUUGAAUACACUUCCUGUAAGUCGCUUUGGAUAAAAGCGUCUGCUAAAUGACUGUAAUGUAAUGUAAUGUAAUGUAAAUUGGAUUGAUUUGAAGUAUCAAAUUCGCGAUUGAUGGCUUAAAGCAAAAUGUCUCUGUUCGGAUGUCAUAUUUCUAUAAAGGGUACAAUCAGUUUCCCACUUCCUGAGCUUUUGUCUGAAUAAAUGUUAAAAUGGAAAUUAUAUAAAGCACCACCGCAGGUGUGUUUUUCUAAACUUCUUAUGUCUGGGUCUUCGUGACUGAAUCAGAACAUGCUGUUUAUUUAGUCGCCACAACAAUGAUCUUAGCCACAUGGGUCAUUUUGAGAUGGGAGAUGAUUCAUGGGAUUGGCAAAGCAUUUUUGUUUUGUGUUUGAAUUUUCCCCCCUUACUUCUAGUUAUGUAUGUAUAAGGGUCCCUGUCGUUUCUGAUCCUUCUGUAGACAACUGUGUCCCUCCGUCUGUACACACAUUUCUGGAGCAUUUACUAGUUCAGCAACAGGACAACACUGGCACUUAGUUGAAGCAACAGCUCAAGAACAUUUCUGCUAUAAAAAAAAAGCAUUGAUACAGAAAAUCUUUUUGUAGAUUGAUCCAGUGAUUGUUAUGAGUAUAAAUUCAUGUAAGGGCUGCGAGCCAUAAAUACCCACAGAUGUAGACUACUACCAUGUUGCCUCUCUAGGUCCAUGGGUACAGUUCUAGCCACAUAAAGUUAUUUUGUUCUUUAAAUAAAUUAAUAAACACUGUUGACAACAUAAAAAAACAGGGCAAAAGGAGUGUUUGGAGUUGAAACAGGGUGGACUCAGAAUGAUGAAUAGCUUUAUAGAAUGUAGUUUGGAUCCUGUUCACAGUCCUGCAAAUCCAGUAAGCUUCAACAUGUUCUUUUUUUUUUUUUAAAUCAGAAAUCCUUCACAAUACAAAAGGGUUUAUGUAAGACUUGCCAUUCAACAUUUCACUGCCUGUCUGACCCCUGAUCAUAAAUAAAUGUCCACAUUCAAGGCGCGUUUGACAUCGUUUCUUCACAUAUUAUACCCUUGUUCUGUAAACAUACCUCAGUGGAAUUCAAAGUCAAGACUGAAACAUCAGAGUUGACGCAGAUGAUG